AUGCGUGCGAUAAUUGCUGUUCCCAUCACUCUCCUCCUCGUCAUCCGAGCAUAUACUCGCCAGUCACUGACCCCAGUCGGGAUAGCAGCAGCAGCUCUAACUGCGACCAUUCACGCUCUCCAUCCUUCGGCGGUUCCGUUUGCGCUCCUAUGCACAUUCUUCCUUCUCGGGACGACGGCGACCAAGGUGAAACAUGACGUGAAAGCCACUCUCACACUGUCAAGCGGCGGCAGCCCUGGCGGAGAAGGUCCUCGGACGAGUGUUCAAGUAUUUGCGAACAGUGGUUGUGCCAGUUCGUUAGUCUUAUCACACAUUUGGCUCUAUGGAUUCAACACUGCUGGAGAGCACACGUCAGAAUGUUUUGGAGAGGGGAGUGACAAGACGGCAGACCUCCUGUUAUUGGGCAUCAUGAGUAAUUACGCCGCCGUUGCAGCAGACACACUUUCUAGUGAACUGGGGAUCUUGUCCAAAAGCCGACCGGUGCUCAUAACAAGCCUUCGCACUGUUCCGCCUGGUACCAACGGUGGUGUCACAUUCGCUGGGCUUUUAGCUGGGAUUGCCGGAAGCGUCGCCAUUUCAGCAACGAGUCUGUUGUUGCUCAAGUUUUGCGAGGGGGCCAAGGUAGAGCCUUUAGAGCUAUUCAUCUUUAUAAGCACGCUGGGAACACUUGGGACGCUUUUGGAUUCGCUGUUAGGCGCAAUAUUGCAGGCGUCCGUGAUCGACCGUCGGUCUGGAAAAAUCGUCGAGGGACCAGGUGGAGUGAAGGUGCUCACAAAGCCUCGUCAAUCGCAGCCCGACAGCCCUACCCAUCAACAGAAAGUCAGAGACAGAACUCACAAAGGUAUUGAGAGCCGAGUCAUCAAUUCUGGACACGACAUCCUGGACAAUAACCAGGUCAACUUCUUGAUGGCUUCCAUCAUGAGCGUAUGCGGAAUACUGGCAGGGAAUGUUGUAUGGAGAUAA